UCCGACCGGAUGUCCCUAUUUUAUUUCUUUGUGAUCAAUUUUAAUUCCGGUUUCGCAGCUUGCUCGGAAAAGGAUAUAUCCGACUGUUAUUCAAAAGUUAAGUUUGCCUUUAGGUUAUAUAACACAUUUCCACAUAUCCGAAUCAGCUAUCGCUAUUUAUUUCAUGCCAAGUAUUUGCUUUAUUCGGGUGUAGAACCGCGGAAAGAUGAAGUGCUCUUUUUAAACUUGUGUCUUGGCUUGAUACUUCACCAUAAACACACGAUGGAUUAUAGCACGUACACUGCCAUUUACUGUUGUGCUCAAGGUUGACUUCUGAAAGUAGUUUCACUUAACGCAAGCAAAAAAGUGCAAGGAAAAAAGACGUAGACAACAAUAGGACCCCUUGCCCUAAUCGUAGAAUUGGUAUACCGCAUGAUCAUCCAUAUUUAAGAAGAACUAAACGUGGGGAUGUUUUUAAACUACAUGGAUACGAAGAGGGUAGACAUUCCCUCCAGUCUAUUGGACGACCUUUGCAGUCGGUUUAUCCUCCACAUACCAAGUGAGGAGAGGGACAAUGCAAUCCGGGUGUGCUUUCAGAUCGAGCUGGCUCACUGGUUCUACCUGGACUUCUGUAUGCAGAAUACACCUGGACUGCCCCAGUGCGGGAUCAGGGACUUCGCCAAAGCCGUCUUCCAUCAUUGUCCGUUUCUCCUGCCCAAAGGAGAGGACGUGCAGAAAGUUAUAGAACAAUGGAAGGAAUACAAGAUGGGUGUCCCUACGUACGGUGCCAUUAUUUUAGACGAAUCCCAGGAAAACGUAUUGCUUGUUCAGGGCUAUUUGGCCAAGUCCGGCUGGGGCUUCCCGAAGGGAAAGGUCAACGAGGACGAGGCUCCUCACGACUGUGCGGUCCGUGAGGUGAUGGAAGAGACAGGGUUUGACAUAAAGGAUCGUAUCUGCAAGGACCGGUACAUCGAGCAGAAGAUCACUGACCAGUUGGCACGGCUGUACAUCAUCACCGGUGUGUCGAAAGACACCAAGUUCAACCCUAAAACCCGGAAGGAGAUACGCAACAUCGAGUGGUUCGCCAUCGAGAAGCUCCCAUGUCACAGGAACGACAUGACCCCGAAGUCUAAGCUGGGCCUGGCCCCCAACCGGUUCUUCAUGGUCAUCCCCUUCAUACGUCCGCUCCGGGAGCGUCUCGUCAGGCUAAAAGAAGAGUCCACAGACUGUGACGAGGACUUGGGCAAAGCUCUGGACAACUCCCGCUCAAAGUCCAAGUGGGUCCCGGGCGCCGAGGCGUCUCCCGGGGAGGGCUGGGGAGGGCGGCACAAGGGUCAGAGGUCGGUGGGACAGCUGAGCGCACAUGAUCCGAGCGAUGUUCUGAAAGCCAAGAGCCCCAAUCUAAAGGGAAGUGGGAGGAAAGGCGUCCAGGAGGCCGCAAACGCUGGGGUGGCGAACCACCAGCUGACCGCCGCCGUCGCCAAGGAGGAGAGGAAGCUCCAGCCCCGGAAGCUGUCUGAGAGCUUCGGGAAGGUAGAGUCUCCUGGUGGUGGUGGUGGUGUUGGUUACACCAGAGACUGUGAGGUCCUCAUCUCCUCCAGGGCAUUCCUCACCUUCAAACUGGACCGUGACGCCAUCAUGGCCUGCUUUGAAUUGUGAGAAAAGGCAACAUUUUUUAAUGUCACUGUCGUCUCCUGUUCCUCCUUUGGGUUUUUAAUGUUUAUCCCUGAAUGUAUUUUUUUUCUUUUUUUUGCAUAUAUGAUUUUUAUGAUUGUUGUACACAUUUACAUAAGGCAGCCCAGAAGAAACAUGAUAUUCGUGUAGCAAAUCCUCUUUUCCCGUCCGGAGGAAGCUAGGCGGCUACCGCAGGCACAUACACCUCCCUGAGACCUAGGCAGAGGCCAUCAUUCCCUUCGAUGGAAGGUUAAAACACCCAACCAUAGCAAUCUGUCCAUUCUGUUGCUCAGCUGGACUUUUUAAAAAUGUUUUCUUUUGUGCUGAAAGAUCCAAGUGAUGAGACUGAAAUGGAUGUAUUUUUCUUCAGGCGGCUUUUGUCAGAUUGUAUAUCAGGUGUUGACUUGAACGUACCAACUUAGACAUUUUUCCUUGUUGCUACUUGCUAAUCCUCUGUAGGUCCAUCCUUAAGUUUUUCUUGCUACGUGCUAUAUGCUCUGUGAAAGUGCUGUACAUCAACACGAGGAGAAUGUCUGUUUGAUAGGAACCACAGGCACUGUUGAAGAGUGUUGAAUUUAGAAAAACUUAAAUGUUCAAGUAAACGUACUCCGAGGAGAAAUGUAUUUCUUUUCCAGAUCUAUAUAUUUUUUACUAUUGCAAAACAUACUAUUACAAAACAACAACCCAAAUUCAGACUGCAUUUUCUUCCUUCGUCCAUUUUCAAAAUAUGUAUGUUUCAAAAGACCAUUCAAUGCAUUUUCAUAUUCGCCUUCAAAUUUCUAAUGGACAAUAUGUUAAUAUAAACUAUCCAAUAUAUUGAAAUGUCAUAUUUUUUCCACUGUUCAUUUUUACUGGGUUACCCUGUUGCAGUGGCAUCAUUGUGAUUUUAAUCUAAUGUAUUUUGAAAUGAUGAAAUCCUGAAAAAAUCAGAACAAAUUAAAUGAAAAAAAUAAAACACAUUCAAUCUCCACAUUA